GAUGGCGGACGGUGACGGCUUAGGUGAAGCAGCGACUGCUGCGGCAUCUUCUCCUGCACCUGCUCCCGGCCAGAGCCCGUCGCUGGGCUGGAGGGAGCGGCUGCGGGCUGGGCUGGCUGGGACUGGGGUCUCGCUGUGGUUCGUGGCGGGGCUGGGACUGCUUUACGCUCUGAGGGUCCCGCUGAGGCUGUGUGAGAAUUUGGCAGCGGUGACAGUAUUUUUAAAUUCAUUGACGCCCAAAUUCUAUGUGGCACUUACAGGAACAUCUUCUUUGAUAUCGGGACUAAUAUUUAUAUUUGAAUGGUGGUACUUCCAUAAGCAUGGCACAUCUUUUAUUGAGCAAGUGUCUGUGAGCCAUUUGCGACCUCUGAUGGGAGGAACAGAAAGCAUUUCAGAGCCAGGUUCUUCUAGCAACAGAGAAAGUGAAACCAGCAGACAGAAUUUGUCAGAAUGCAAAGUAUGGAGGAACCCUCUAAAUCUUUUCCGAGGAGCAGAAUAUAGGAGAUACACUUGGGUGACUGGUAAAGAGCCACUUACAUACUAUGACAUGAAUUUGUCAGCUCAGGACCAUCAGACCUUUUUCACCUGUGACACGGACUUUUUACGUCCUUCAGACACAGUUAUGCAGAAGGCAUGGAGGGAAAGAAAUCCUCCAGCUCGAAUCAAAGCAGCCUAUCAAGCUUUAGAAUUAAACCAUGACUGUGCCACUGCAUAUGUUCUACUGGCUGAGGAAGAAGCAACAACUAUUGUAGAUGCUGAAAGGUUAUUUAAACAGGCACUCAAGGCAGGAGAGACAAUUUACAGGCGGUCACAGCAGUGCCAGCACCAAAGUCCUCAGCAUGAAGCUCAACUGAGAAGAGAUACCAAUGUACUGGUAUAUAUUAAAAGAAGAUUAGCAAUGUGUGCAAGAAAAUUAGGAAGAAUAAGAGAAGCAGUAAAAAUAAUGAGAGAUCUGAUGAAAGAAUUCCCUCCUCUUACCAUGUUGAACAUCCAUGAGAAUCUCCUAGAAUCACUUUUAGAAUUACAGGCCUAUGCAGAUGUUCAGGCAGUCCUAGCAAAAUAUGAUGAUAUAAGCCUUCCAAAGUCAGCAGCAAUCUGUUACACAGCAGCACUAUUGAAGACAAGGACUGUUUCAGAUAAAUUCUCUCCUGAAACAGCCUCCAGAAGAGGGCUAAGCACAGCAGAAAUCAAUGCCGUGGAAGCAAUUCAUAGAGCUGUGGAAUUUAAUCCUCAUGUUCCAAAAUAUUUACUAGAGAUGAAAAGUCUAAUUUUACCUCCGGAACACAUUCUGAAACGGGGUGACAGUGAAGCAAUCGCCUAUGCUUUCUUCCAUCUCCAGCACUGGAAGAGGAUCGAAGGCGCACUUAACCUGCUACAGUGCACGUGGGAAGGCACUUUUAGAAUGAUUCCAUACCCUUUAGAGAAAGGCCAUCUAUUUUACCCAUAUCCCAGCUGCACAGAGACUGCUGAUAGAGAGCUAUUACCUACCUUUCAUCAUGUUUCUGUUUACCCAAAGAAGGAGCUUCCUUUUUUCAUCCAUUUCACAGCAGGACUGUGUUCUUCCACAGCAAUGAUAGCUCUUCUCACACACCAGUAUCCUGAAAUCAUGGGUGUUUUUGCUAAAGCUUGGUGCUGCCUAGGGAGCGAGUGCAUCUCAAACUGGAAUGACCUUACUGUGUAAUCCGACAUGGAAAAAGUUGACUAGAAAAGAAAUCCUGUCCAUUUAACAGCUGGAAAAAUAUAUGUGGCUGGGCAUUUGCGAUCACAGGCGAGGGGUGGAAGAGUUGGUCCUUGGGCUUCUCUCAGGGCAGUGGGACACAGAUAAAAUCGAGUGAGGAGCAAGAUCUAGAAUCUUGAAUCCAUAGACCAAAGUUUUAGACCAAAAGUUAUUAAUUUACUGUGAUUCUAGUUAACGAACAAUAAAUAAGCAUUUAUUUACUAUCUUUUGA